AUGUACACAAUCCACAACCUCAUCCCCCUCCUCCCCUCCCCCUCCCCCUCUCCCUCCCCCUCCCCCUCUGCCUCUCCUCCCUCCUCAUACUCCACCCUCUCCUCCUCAUCCCCCAUAGCCACGCACAUCCACGCCUCCAUCUCCGCCCACCUCCCCCCAACCGAACUCCUCAAAUCCAUAGGCCUAGCCCUGGCCUUCAUCCUGCCUAUCAUGCUCAUAUGUACGGUUUGGGGUGUUCUUCGAAUCAGAGGCAGAACCAAGGCGAGGAAGCGAGAAGAAGAGCGGGUAAGGAUGGGGAGGAUGGGGAGGAUGGGGAUGGGGUUGAGGUCGGUGGUGCGAAGGAUGGGGAUGGGGGAGGGGUUGAGGGGUGGGGAGGGGAUGGAGGGGAUGGAGGGGUCGAGGUUUACGAAGCGGUUUGAGAGGAGGGGAAGGAAGGAGAGAAAUGCCGAGGUAGGGAUAGGAGGAGAAGGAGGAGAGAGCAAGUCGAGGUUUGCGCGGUUCGUGGGGGUUGUGCUUCGGUCCAAGGACGGCACGAUGACGAGCAACACGGAGGAGUACGAUAUCGAGAAAGGAGUGCCGAGGAUUACGAUUACGAUGCCUGUGCCGGCUGUUAUCCGUGCGGAUAGUCUCGAGAGUAAGGGAGGGGCGAAGGGUAUUAGGGGAGGGGAGGAGCAGGAGUUAGCGGAGGGGAUGCCUGUGGUGGCUUAUGUGCGUGGGGAGAGCGUUGAGUCGAGGAUUUGA